CUCGAGCGCACUGAUACUAUCGAGGGGAGGGGAAGGGAUAGUUCCAGUCCUUCCCGUUUGUUUGAAAAGUGUCAGAUGAAAUGUGUUUCAAUGCUACCAGAAGGCAUUCUUCACGAUCUACUGCGAAUAUUGGUACUUACCAAUGAACAUGAAGUGUUUGGGAAACUAAGUGGCAUUUUGUCUUACAACAGUAUUUGCCCAAUGAUUUGGACACAGCGUGAACAUAGCUGACUGUGAGGGUACGACGUUUGGACGAAAACCACCGAUGGGUCCUUUCACCGUGGGUUUGGCACGAAUGACAACGUGUUUAUCAGUGUUACUGGUAUAAAGGACGGUAAAACUGUUGAAACCGGUUUUCAUCAACUUUCUGGCCCUGGAGACAGAUUCGAGAAAGGAAAUCUUGAUAAAUUUAUCAUCGAUACUUCUGAUGUCGGGAAAAUUACAUCUAUCACCAUGCGCCGAGAAAAAGCAUAUGUCAUUGAUGAUAAAUGGCACCUUGAAUACGUCAAAGUUGGAGAUGGUGGUAUUUGGAGCAAGAUCGACUAUGGAGACUGGAUCGAUUCAACCGGUCAUCGCAUGAAAGUCUCUUCCUGUGAACCUCAGCCAGGAACUAAAAAAAAAAACGGAUACUGUGAAGAUCUCAACGAGUGUAAUGAAAAUCCCAGCAUCUGCGGGGUGGAUGGAAAAUGUUAUAAUCUUCCUGGCACUUAUGAAUGCCUCUGUAAACCAGGCUUUGAAAAACGUGACGGUGUUUGCAAAGACAUAAACGAAUGCGCUCAACCAAAUCACGGAUGCCAAGAUAAGUGCGUGAACACUGUUGGGUCUUACCGAUGUGAGUGCAACCUCGGAUUCAAGCCUUUGACAGCUGGUUCCAAGAGGUGCAAGAAUAUUAAUGAGUGCCAAGAAAACAGGCCAUGCGUUUCCCCAGCCGUGUGCAUGGACACAGUGGGCUCCUACUACUGCAAGUGCCCGGAUGGGUACGAGGCGGAUGGGCCCCACAGAUGUAAAGAUGUCAACGAGUGCAUGACAUUUCAUGAGUGUGACUACCAAACAUCUGAAUGCGUGAACCAGCCAGUAGGGUCGUACACGUGCAAAUGCAGGCAGGGAUUUAAACCGUCUUUAAAGUCGCCCCGCCUCGUCUGUGAAGAUGUCAAUGAGUGUCAAGAAUGGAACUUGAACAUCUGUGACCAGGCUGUGUCUGAGUGUGAGAAUACAUUUGGUGGCUUCAGGUGCAAGUGCAAGUCUGGCUACCAUCAGGGGGCUAGCGCCAAGGAUUGUAUACCCAUCAAGUGUAGCCCGUUAGUCACGCCGAUUGGAGGCCAAGUGAAGCCUGAUCGAUGUCAAAUGGCUAAUGCCAAUGCUUUUGGGAAUACUUGUACCUACAGUUGUAACAAUGGAUACAAGUUGGCAGACUCCGGUGCACACACCGUGACCUGUGGAGCGCGAGGAGUGUGGGAAGGCACCCAGCCUCAGUGUGUUCGCAAACAGUGCCCAAAGCUGACUGCGAUCCCAAAUGCGAAGUUUUACCCAGACUUCUGUGGCACUAAAGGGGCCAGCUACACAAGCAUAUGUAACUACAUCUGUGACCAGGGAUACGAGAUGAGUGGAAACCCGCGAAGGACUUGCCAAGCGGACGAGACGUGGAGUGGCGUCGCCCCUACGUGCACGAAGUACGUGCCCAAACCAUGGAUCAGCUGCCCCUUCGACAUAAUUGUGGAUCUCAAAACAGGGGCGAAAACUGCUGACGUGAGCUCCCUGUGGAAGUUACCAAGGUCUAACAUACAAGGCAUGACCACCAGUCCGACGUACGCAACCGCAAAUUACGCGUAUCCCGUGGGACAAACUAAGAUCACCUUUUCAGUCAGUAACUCGGCUGGAAGCGCAAGCUGCUCUAUCGACGUCAUCGUAAACGAUCAAGAAAACCCGAAAAUCACGUGCCCAGACGACAUCUACGAAACCGUCACCAGCUCUAGCGCGGUAGUCACGUGGCCCAAGCCUGUAUACUCGGACAAUGUGGGCGUGGUCAAGGUGACGCCCACCCAUAACUCUGGGGACAAGUUCACUCUCGGCACCACUCGGGUUUAUUAUCAAGUUGAUGAUGCGGCUGGAAACAACGCGCGCUGCUCUUUCACCGUCAACAUCAAACGGAAGGGUUGUCCCACAUUGAUACCACCCCACAGAGGAACAGCGACAUGCCAGAGUUUCAACAACGUCCACUACUGCCAGGUCACAUGUCCAAGCGGUGCGCAGAUCUAUAAGAACCCGUCACAAUACAACUACUGGACAUGUUCCACAGGGACUUGGCAACCAGGCAACCCCGUCCCCGAGUGUGUUGAUGCAACUGAAGUCUCGAACGUUACAGUAUGUACAAAUGGACGCGUUUCCAUGGCGAUUAAGGACUACUUUGGAGCCAAAAAUUACUGCGCCGAUUGUCCCACCGGCACCAAGAGUUCUGGUGGUGACUGUGUUCUGUGUGGACCUGGGGAGUAUCAAGACGAGCAGGGCAGGAACACGUGUAAAACCUGCGCGAAAGGGACCUCUUCUUUGGUCGGAGCAAGAAAUUGCACAAACGUAUGCCCAACGGGUAAAUCCUCAAGCAACGGCCUCGAGCCUUGUAGAUCCUGCCCAUUUGACACGUACCAAAACAAGGCUCAAAGCACCUCUUGCAUCCCGUGUGGGAACGGCCUUACCACCCUUGGCAAAGGGAUGACCCAACCGUCCGACUGUGGAGCAAAACCGGCCAUCAAGCCGAUAAGUCCAGUGAGACAAACCGUGGACGAGGGAAAUACCGUGACUAUGAGCUGCUUCGCUACCGGCACGCCUUUCCCUGACGACCUCAAGUUCACCUUCAAGAGUAACAUCCCAGCCUCUCAUCUCGGUAAGAUGACCCAGACUGACAUAACAGACGGUUCUGGUGCCGUUAUCGGAAAGAAGCUCACAAUAACGGGCGCGCUCAAGGAGAACAGCGGCUUAUACGAGUGCACAGGAAGCAACAGCUGGGGAAAUGCCAUUGCAGUCGCGAGUCUGACCGUCGAGAUAUCCGGAUCGGGGGUAGCGGUAGGAGACGAGGGUCAAGAUGGAGAGUGGUUAUUCGAGUAAGGAGGACUUGCUAGAGUUCAUCGCAUCCAUGGAUUUACAGGAAUGAUCCUUGUGAUUAUAACAGUAUUAAACGAAUACUUCUCAAUCUA